AUGGCACAAAACCACGAGGACAUGGCCGCCGAGCUCCACGAGGAGUUCAAUGAGCGUGUCCCUAACCAGGGCACCGACAUGGCUGGCGGCUACAUUCAGAAGUCUUCUUUGGAUGAGAAGCGCGACAUCGCUGUCAUGGACGCUGAGACUGGUCCUACUGCUGACGGCGAGGAGCCCAACGAGCAUGAAAAGAAAACAUUGCGUCGUGUCGGCGAAAACCUUCCAGCUUCUGCUUUCUUGAUCGCCAUUGUGGAGUUGACUGAGCGAUUCACCUACUACGGAGCCCAGGGUCUUUUCCAGAACUACAUUUCCAACGCCAAAGACGGCAGCGAUGGCAGCGAGGGCUUGGGUAUGGGUUCCCAGGCUGCCACUGGUCUCAACCUUUUCUUCCAGUGGUUCUGCUACGUAACUCCUAUUCUCGGUGCCAUCAUCUCCGAUCAGUACCUUGGAAAGUACAAAACCAUCCUUAUCUUCUGCGGCGUCUACUGGACUGGUCUUCUUAUCCUCUGGGUCACCUCUCUCCCAGUUGCCAUUGAGCAUGGCGCUGGCAUCGGCGGUUAUGUCACGGCCCUGGUUGUCAUUGGCUUCGGUACCGGUGGUAUCAAGUCCAACAUCGCUCCUCUGAUUGCUGAUCAGUACCAGCGACGAACCAUGGCUAUCAAGACUGAAGCUUCUGGCGAGCGUGUUAUCAUUGACCCUGCGAUCACUUACCAGCGAAUCUACAUGAUUUUCUACUGGUGCAUCAACGUCGGUGCUCUCUCCUUGAUGGCCACGCCUUUCAUGGAGCUUUACAAGGGGUUCUGGACCGCUUUCCUUCUCUGCUUCUGCAUGUUCAACGUCGGUAUUGCUAUCCUCAUCCUUCGACGCAAGUCCUACGUUGUCCGUCCUCCUCAGGGCCAGGUCAUUACCGACGCUUUCCGGGCUAUUGGUAUGAUGAUUACCACCCGUACUCUGGACGGCGCUAAGCCUUCAUGGCGAGCCGAAAAUGGCAAGACCGGCAAGGUCACUUGGGAUGACCACUUUAUUGAUGAACUCAAGCGUGCUCUGAGGGCUUGCAAGGUCUUCGUUUUCUACCCCAUUUUCUGGGUUUGCUACGGACAGUUCUCCAGCAACUUCGUCACCCAGGCCAGUCAGAUGCAGGUCCACGGUAUGCCCAACGACUUCAUGCAGAACUUUGACCCUCUCUCGAUUUUGAUCUUCACUCCCAUCUUGGAGAAGAUUCUCUAUCCCAUUCUGCGCAAGCGUGGAUAUGAACUCCGCCCUAUUGCCCGAAUUACCAUCGGUUUCUGGCUUGCUGCACUUUGCUUGGCCUACGCCGCCAUUGUUCAGAAGCUGAUUUACAGCGCCGGACCUUGCUAUGACAGCCCUCGCAACUGCCCUGCUGGUAUCGAUGCUGAUGGCAAGAAGCUUCCCAACAACGUUCACGUUGCUGUCCAGGUCCCCGCCUACGUCUUCAUUGGUGUCUCUGAGAUUUUCAUCUCUGUCACCGGUCUUGAGUAUGCCUACACCAAGGCUCCUCCCAGCAUGAAGUCAUUCGUCCAGUCCCUGUAUCUCUUCACCAAUGCUUUCGGCUCUGCCAUCUCCGAGGGUCUCGUACCUGUUGCCAAGGACCCCAAGUACAUCUGGAUGUACACCGGUGUUGGUGUCUCUGCCUUCAUUACUGGCUGCCUCUUCUGGUUCCUGUUCCACCACUACGAUGCUCAGGAAGAGGCCAUGUAUGCCCUCGACCGCGACGUUCCUGUUCUGACUCUGCCUGGUCAGGAGAAUGCUCAGACCCCCAAGGAGAAGGAGCUUGAUACCAACUAG